UAACCUACAUUAAAUUUAUAUCACAUAUUUAUGAAAAACAAUAUUUCAUAGAGAAUUAAGUAAACAAAAAGUUAGAGAAAAUGUUGACUGAGACUAACAUUUUAUAUUUGUGCAACUUUGAUGAAAAAUUUCACAACUCAGGGCCUGAGCACAUAAAUAAAUUAUGGUCAGGUAAAUGGCAAAUAAAUAAUCUUGAAAUAUUUAAGGAGCUACUGGCAACAGGAUUGGAUACUGAAAAACUGAGAGCUGUUCUAACUAAAUACCUCGAUAAUGGCUCGACAUUGGACAUCAUACUUUACUCAACCAUUAGUUCUUUGUUAACCUUUUGUGAGCAAAAUUGGAAUACUCACCCGGAGAAACUGGAUUUGCAAGAAUAUUUUGGCCAGGACUGGCCUACAACUAUAAACGCAGCGGUACUAUUGCAGCGCGAUUCUGAGCCCGUGUACGUGAAUAUAGUACAUCCAGAGUUAUUGUAUUAUUCCUUGCAAAUAUUUAAUACCCUUUGUGCAGUUCAACAAAACUUGGUUCAUCUAUGGUGGUACUUCCGAACCCUCAUCAUCCACCAGAAAGCUCUAGAAGACAACAGCGCCAGCAUCUAUAAUGAGUUGGAACUUCUAAUGGCCAAGUUGUCCAAUGAAGCUAACAUGUUGGAGAACAAAAGGCUGGCUGUUCUGCUGCAGGCGGAGAUUGCCCAGGCUUACCUGGUGUAUGGACGGGUGCAGAAGGUUGAGGAGCAUUUGGCCAAGGCUAGGGAGCUGGCUGGACUGAAGCUCGAGCUAACAGGGGUCCUCGGUAAGAGAACAAAAUGGCAGCAGACCACCCUGCCCCAGCUAGCCUUAACCAGCACCCUGGACUCCGACCUACAGCGACCAUCAGCCGAAGCCCAUGGCGAAGCUGAGCUGCCUCCCGAUGUGGAGUUACAGGAUGACGUGAGGCUGAACAAGAUCCAGUAUCUGGAGGAGAUUAGGCAGGCGGAGCUACCGAGUUUGGAGCAAGUGCUCUGUAUGAUCACAGUUCAAUAUCUCCAAAAAUCGCAGCCCAAAGACGAUCUAAUGCAGGAAGAGCUAUCCCCCUACAUAGAGGCAAUACUAUCUCAAAAGAGCGGUCCGUGGGCCACUAGAGUAGCGGCUUUAUUGGUCCGCUGCAAGCUCGAGGCGGGCCACAAGCGGAGCGUGGAGCGGGCGAUGCUGCAGUGCGAGACUAUCGUUAAUGAGAAAGAAGUCGCACCUACUACUAGGCUGUCGUACCUGUGGGCUUCAGGACUGCCCUGGGCGUGGGCGUGGCGGCAGCAGUUGGCAGACCUGUACCUCAGUCUGGGGCUCGUGAAGGCGGCUCUGGAGGAGUACCAGCGGCUGCAGCUGUGGGAGGACGUUAUAGUGUGCUACACCAUGCUCCAGCUGCGACACAAGGCAGCAGAAGUGAUUCAGCAACAAAUCGACAUACAGCCGACUGUCAAACUCUAUUGCUUAUUGGGUGACGCAACAGAUGACGUAUCAUGCUUCGAGAAAGCGUGGGAGUUCUCCGGGCACAAGAGCAGCCGCGCGCAGCGGCACUGGGGCAACUUCCUCUUCGCACACAACAAGUAUGAAGAGUGCAUCCCGCACUUUGAGAAGUCCGUGGAGAUUAACAGUAUACAGGAGAGCGUAUGGCUAAGGCUUGGCUUUGCGGCUCUAGAGACGGAAAACUGGGAGUUAUCCGCGCGCGCCUACCGUCGCUACACAUACCUACAGCCCAACACCUUUGAGGCGUGGAACAACCUCGCCAAAGUGUACGUUAAACAAGGAGACAAGAACAGGGCUUAUAGAGCCCUUAUGGAGGCGCUGAGGUUCAACUAUGACAACUGGAAGCUAUGGGAGAACGUGAUAAUAGUAUCGAUGGACACUGGGCACUUCGAGGACGCGAUCCGCGGCGCCCACCGUAUGCUGGACCUGCAGCGCAAGUUCGACGACGCGGAAGUGCUGGCGCUACUUGUGCGGGCGGUUGUACAGGACAAGGAAGACGCCGAUGGAAAUAGUAGCGCUAGGUUAAGAAAGCGAAUAUUAGAGCUAUUCGGACGCAUCACAUCGAUACACCAGAACAAGCCGGAGAUAUGGCAACUGUACUCGGAUUUGAGCCCUACGAGGCUGCUGCAGGCGCAACGGCUGUUGAAGGCCUACAGGGGAUACACGCAGACUGGAAGUUGGACUAACAGCCCAGAAACCUGCAAAAAGGUCAUCGACCUCGCGCAGAAUCUUCUAGAAUACAGUCUCCAAGCCCGACAAGAGGCCGAAGAUAAAGAAAAAGCUCAGGCCGACCAGCAGCUCUCCUCCGCGCGGUACGGCCAGGCCGUCUUACGGGCCGCUGAGAAGCAAGACUGGCCUGAAACUGCCGACGCUCUUGAACAGCUGAAGGGAUUAUUUAAUAAUGUUACGGAAUAUAUGAAAUCUAUUAUGUAAA